GAGCUGGAGAGAGAGGAAAACUCUGUUACUCACUCAGUCUCCAACUUUGAGAGGAAGUUACCACCUCUUCCCCAGACUGAACACGCACUCCAGGCGGAGGCACACACACUCACACAAACGUUGCUCAGGACAGCAGCAAGCGUAAAACAGUCAGGACUGUUUGUAAAUGUGUUCGGCUUGGGAAAGAAGAUUUGCAGUUUGUCUGAAGAUCUCGGAGUGGACUGAACAACUUCAUCUGGGACAUUUUCCUCUCAUCACCUACCAGGUGGCCAAAUGAGCUGUUUAGCCUGAAGACCAAAGAUCAUAGGCCUUGGUCAAACGUCAAGCGAGAGACCAAGAGAAUUGAGACCACUGCAGCCUCUCUUUGGAUUAUGAGUCACCAUUGAAGAACUCCUUUAAGGUUUCAUUUUGUGGUAUGAAAAAGUGAAGACAAAAACACCAUGGAUGUCAAGAAAAAAGAAAUGGAUCUCCUUAGCAACAGCAUUGCAGCUUUUGCACACAUCAAAGCCAAUCCAGAAAGCUUUGGGUUGUACUUUGUCCUCGGAGUGUGUUUCGGCCUGGUGUUGACCCUCUGCCUCUUGGUGAUCCGCAUAUCCUGUAAGCCACGGACCAACAUCUCUUCUCCUACACCUGAAAAGAACCCCUUAAAGGACGCCAGCGUGGAAGACGAGGAAAGCGAUGACGACGAGGAUGUUGAAGGGGAUGAUGUAGAGGCUUCUGUUCCAUUGCCCAUCACAGAAAUCCCUGUUGGGAAUCAUAACAGCCAGUCAGAUGGCACUCUGAGUGUGAACGUUUUUACUUCAGCUGAGGAGCUGGAACGUGCGCAGAGGCUGGAGGAGAGAGAACGGAUCAUCCGGGAGAUCUGGAGGAAUGGCCAGCCUGAUAUCCUGGGGACAGGGACUAUUGGGAGAGUGCACUACUACUAACGCACACAAAGCUUGGAAAUCUUAGGAAAUCUAAGGAAAUCUUAGUGCUUAAUGGAGUAGAUAUACAAACCUUUGGGCCUGGUGUCCUUUGAACCUGAAAGCAUCUGUGUGAUGCAAAGUGACUUGUGGAAUAUAAAAAUAUGUAUGGUGCCAAAUUUGACAUAUUUUGCUUUGACAGAGCUGAACUUUAUAUGAACUUUUAUAUUGCACUUCUUUUGUAGCAUUAUGCAUUACUAUCAACUGACUACAUGUAAUUGAAUUAAGAGAUGUCUUAAUGACCUCUGUGGAAAUCACACAGAAUGAGUGGUGGAGAUGAAGGACUCAUGGAGAAAUCAAUCAUUACAUAUACAGGGGGGAUGUAGAUAUUGAACAUAUGAACAUUUUUUUUCUCAGUUAACACAUUCCUAAAGGCCUUACUGACAUGAAAUCCACACCAGAUGUCGGUAACAACCCAAGUAAUCCUAACAUAGAAUGUAUUAAAUUCCUCUUUUAUACAGUCUGAUCUUCUGUUUUAUCAUGGAUUAUAAUUAGAUUCAUGUCUGGUGAUAUACUUGAUAAACCCAACCAUUCUAACAGCUUUAUUUUUAUGCUUUAAAACGUAUUGAGAGUUUUGAUGGUUAUAUGUUACUGUCACUGUUUUGCCUAAUAAUCCACUCCUGUUUCUUAAUGUGAGUAUUCUUGAGGAUGUUUUACAAUGUCUAUUCCUCCAUCUAUGACAUUUAGUCACAUGAAGUCUGCUAGUACCGCAUAUUGAUAAACAGUCCCACACCAUGAUCCCACUUACAAACGUGACAGUUGUAAUGGCGUUUUUCAGAUGCCACUUUGCCAAAUAUGUUAUGUGCAAUGACAUCCACACAGUUCAGUUUUGGUCUCAUUUGACCAGACUAUAUUCUCUCACUGUUUCAUUGAGUUGUGCAAAUGUUCUGCAGUAACGGUAACUGCUUCAACAUACUUUUUUCUGUAGUGGAGUCUAGCGCAGUGAGUCUGCUUAGAAGUCAUGACUGUUGGGUGCAUUUCUUGUUAGUUUGAUGGAUAAUUUCUGAAGCUCCCUGUUGUUGGCCCUUGGCUCUUGAAAAACUCUUCUGACACAACUGACACAUCUGUCAUUAACCUUGCAAGGACCAGCUGGGCAUGGAUGGUUUAUGCAAAUGAUAGUUGUUUGUUUUUUUUCAAUUUGGGAUUAUGAUUCCAAGGGUGCAGCCUAAAACAUUCUGAAAUAUCCCUAUAACCAAUGCCUUCAGCAUGUUUCACAAGUACAGGGUUGCAAAGGUCAUGAAAGAUCUAUGUUUUUACCCAUCUUCCUGUUAGAUACUAUGGUGAUGAGAAACCUUUUUAUUGGCCUUCAUUUAGGAUUAAAAUCAGCCAGAUAUUAAUGGGCACUGUAAGAAUGCAGAGUUCCUUUUUAAAUAAUGACAGAUUUCAAUUGGUUCCGUGGCUUCUAUUCCUCCCUUUCAAUAUUCAUUCCUUGUUUCAUUCCAUUUUAUUACACAUUCCUUAAUGUAUGGGUUUAUCUGUCUUUGAUUUUCUUGUAUAUAUGGAUUACUUGGGUGGCUACCAACAUCCAGUGUGAAUUCCAUGUCGUUACAAUAGAUCCAUUAAAACACUUUUACUGAGAAAAAUGUUGUUGGGUUCAAUACCUAUUUUCCCACCAUAUUUGGUGCUUAAUGUUAAUACUAAACUGCAAGUUUGCAAAUAAUAAGCAAAACAAUGAAACAUUAAAAAUGUAAAAGGUUUUCUCUCA